AUGAGAAAUCAGACGAUAGCUCCUAUACAGUGGGAUGAGCCUUUGCUGAAAGUAUUACCUGAUAGGACCCUCGGCGGUAGAUUAGAUAGUGGACAGAUCCAAAAAUUUGACUCUAUUGUACGCGAAGUCAAGACAAUUUCUAUGUUGACCAAAUACUUCCCAUCGAGAAUAACAGAUGAGGAUUGGCAAAUAUUGCUUGAGUGCGAAACGAGAAAACAGAGAUUCGACCACAUAAAGUUUCUUCGGAGUCGUGAGCUGGAGAAAAUCAAAGAUUUGGAGAAGAAACGGGCAAAGGAAAAACUUGAAAAACUCCAAAAACCUAGAGCGCUUUCGGAUAAUCCUCCUCCACUAUACUACCCUGCCACAAAACUGGUGAAGGAUCAACGUCGUCACCAAUGGUACAAGGUAGCCCUUGCCUAUUUGUGUAACGCUCCUCGUAUAGUAAUCGACUGCCGCUUUUUACCGUUAUUGUCACCUCGAGGGGCGGAAUUGACUGCGGUGCAGCUGAACUACCUCAUCAGCGAGAAUCGUGAUAGCAAGACGCCAUGGCAGGUGUACUUUGCGAAUUUUGAUCUUUCAUCGAAGCGAGUUCAACGUCUCCAGCAGAAGUAAGU